AUGUGUGCGACGUUUAUGCUGGUGGUCUGGGCACCCGGGUCCCGGGGUUGGGGGGACAUUCCGGGGUUUGGACUGGAGCCCUUCUUCCUCCUCUUCCUCCUCCUCCCCCCCAACUAUCCGGCACAACACACAGCGGUCUAG